CUUAUUUAUUAAAAAAAAUUACGGGGUUUGGUAGUUGUUCUAGGUAAACCCCCCCAUACUUUGCCUGCACCAUUCAAAUUGGCAAGCCCAUUUUCAUUUUGUUACAAAGUUGUCUUUUUUUUUUUUUUUUUUUUAAGGGAAGGCAGGGGACGGCGAGGGUUGCUAAAUUUAUCUUCAUCCCCAGGCACCCGGGAUGAAAACACACACACACAUACAUACACUGCACACACACACAUUUACGGCGGGAGGGGGGUCUGAGGGCCUGCAACAACUCGAGCCACCGCCUCAGGCCAGGACCCUCGCGGAGAGGCGGUAGGUCUCCCCGGAGGCUCCCGGGGGAUGGUUGCGGCCCACAAACAUGGUGGGGGGUGGCCCGGGCCUCCCGCCUCUCGACGGGGUCGGCGGACCACGGCCUCGUGCGGACUUUACAGCCGAGGCGGCGGUGGCAGCGGCGUGUGUGUGGCGGCGGUGGCGGGCGGGAGCGCGGAGGUGGAAAGAAGGGGGGCGCUCUGUCACGGAAACUCAGGCCGCCGGAGACCCCGCCGCAGCGAGGCCACUGGGCUCCCCGGUUGCGGGGCGUGAACGGCGCCAACCCCGGGGCGUCAGAGGGACCCACCGGGCGGAGGAGGGGGCCCAUCUAUCCUUCCGCAUUUUCCUGGGUCUCUCUCCCCGGCGGUGACGUGACGUGCUGACGGCGGGCCCGUGCCGGGGAGCUGGGCCGCUUUUUGUCAGCUCCGAGCUCGGCCCCUCCUCCCUCCCUCCGCCCGCCCCACCAGCCGGAGCCCGGCCCAGUGCUCCAGAGAAAGGCCGGCCUGCAGCACCCGCCACCGUCGCCGACCGCCGCACGACUGUCCGGUGCGUAUAACUGCCCAGCUAACCUUGUAAGAUGAAUUGGGGAGCAUUCCCUCUUUUUUGAAACAGGUGUUCUGGCUGAUGAGAAUUUAAAGGCCAUGGAUGAAGAUGGACUUGAAAUUCAACCACAAGCACCAAACACAUUUUUUGAUGCAACAGGAGCUGGUGCUACACACAUGGAUGGUAAUCAAAUUGUUGUGGAAGUACAAGAAACGGUUUAUGUGUCAGAUGUUGUGGAUUCAGACAUAACCGUACAUAACUAUGUUCCUGAUGACCCAGACUCAGUUGUAAUCCAAGAUGUUAUUGAGGAUGUUGUUAUAGAAGAUGUCCAGUGUACAGAUAUCAUGGACGAAGCAGAUGUAUCUGAAACAGUCAUCAUCCCUGAACAAGUGCUGGAUUCAGAUGUAACUGAAGAAGUUUCUUUAACACAUUGCACAGUUCCAGAUGAUGUUUUAGCUUCUGAUAUUACUUCAGCCUCAAUAUCUAUGCCUGAACAUGUCUUGACAAGUGAAUCUAUACAUGUGUCUGACGUUGGUCACGUUGAACAUGUGGUUCAUGAUAGUGUCGUAGAAGCAGAAAUUGUCACAGAUCCUCUGACCGCUGAUGUUGUCUCGGAAGAAGUGUUGGUAGCAGACUGUGCCUCCGAAGCAGUCAUAGAUGCCAACGGGAUCCCUGUGAACCAGCAGGAUGAAGAAAAAAACAACUGUGAGGACUACCUUAUGAUCUCUUUGGAUGAUGCUGGUAAAAUAGAACAUGACGGUUCAUCUGGACUGACUAUGGACAACGAAACAGAAAUUGAUCCUUGUAAAGUGGAUGGCACUUGCCCUGAAGUCAUCAAGGUGUACAUUUUUAAAGCUGAUCCUGGAGAAGAUGACUUAGGUGGAACUGUAGACAUUGUCGAAAGUGAGCCUGAGAAUGAGCACGGAGUUGAACUCCUCGAUCCAAACAAUGGUAUUCGAGUUCCCAGAGAAAAGAUGGUUUAUAUGACUGUUAACGACUCUCAGCAAGAAGAAGAAGAACUGAAUGUUGCUGAAAUUGCCGAUGAAGUUUAUAUGGAAGUGAUUGUUGGAGAGGAGGAUGCUGCAGCCGCAGCCGCAGCUGCAGUGCAUGAACAGCAAGUGGAAGACAACGAAAUGAAAACCUUCAUGCCGAUUGCGUGGGCGGCUGCUUACGGUAAUAAUUCUGAUGGAAUUGAAAACCGGAAUGGCACUGCAAGUGCCCUCUUGCACAUAGAUGAGUCUGCUGGCCUCGGCAGACUGGCUAAACAAAAACCAAAGAAAAGGAGAAGACCUGAUUCCAGGCAGUACCAAACAGCAAUAAUUAUUGGCCCAGAUGGACAUCCUCUGACUGUCUACCCUUGCAUGAUUUGUGGCAAGAAAUUUAAAUCGAGAGGUUUCUUGAAAAGACAUAUGAAGAACCAUCCUGAACACCUUGCCAAGAAAAAGUACCGCUGUACUGACUGUGAUUACACUACCAACAAGAAGAUAAGUUUACACAAUCACCUGGAGAGCCACAAGCUAACCAGCAAGGCAGAGAAAGCCAUAGAAUGCGAUGAGUGUGGAAAGCAUUUCUCUCAUGCUGGCGCUUUGUUUACUCAUAAAAUGGUGCAUAAGGAAAAAGGAGCCAACAAAAUGCACAAGUGUAAGUUCUGUGAAUAUGAAACAGCUGAACAAGGCCUAUUGAAUCGCCACCUUUUGGCAGUCCACAGCAAGAAUUUUCCUCACAUUUGUGUAGAGUGUGGCAAAGGUUUCCGUCAUCCAUCAGAGCUCAAAAAGCACAUGCGAAUCCAUACUGGAGAAAAGCCCUAUGAAUGCCAGUACUGCGAAUACAGGUCCGCAGAUUCUUCUAACUUGAAAACACAUGUAAAAACUAAGCAUAGUAAAGAGAUGCCAUUCAAGUGUGACAUUUGUCUUCUGACUUUCUCAGAUACCAAAGAGGUGCAACAACAUGCUCUUAUCCAUCAAGAGAGCAAAACUCACCAGUGUUUGCAUUGUGACCACAAGAGUUCAAACUCCAGUGAUUUGAAGCGACACAUAAUUUCAGUUCAUACAAAGGACUAUCCUCAUAAGUGUGACAUGUGCGAUAAAGGCUUUCACAGGCCUUCAGAACUCAAGAAACAUGUGGCUGCCCACAAGGGUAAAAAAAUGCACCAGUGUAGACAUUGUGACUUUAAGAUUGCAGAUCCGUUUGUACUAAGUCGCCAUAUUCUCUCGGUUCAUACAAAGGACCUUCCAUUUAGGUGUAAGAGAUGUAGAAAGGGAUUUCGGCAACAAAGUGAGCUUAAAAAGCAUAUGAAGACCCACAGUGGCCGGAAAGUGUAUCAGUGUGAGUACUGUGAAUAUAGCACUACAGAUGCCUCAGGCUUUAAGCGGCAUGUUAUCUCCAUUCAUACAAAAGACUAUCCUCACCGAUGUGAGUACUGCAAGAAAGGAUUCCGAAGACCCUCGGAAAAGAACCAGCACAUAAUGCGACAUCAUAAAGAAGUUGGCCUGCCCUAACAGUACUCUUCACAGCUGUUUGUAGAGAAACUGGUCUUGAAACAGAAAAUUCAUUUAAAAGCCAAUCAGUCUUGUUCACAUACUAUACUGUAUAUUGAUUUAUGCUGUGUACAAAUAGGAUUAUUGCUUCUAGUUGACUCUUUGUUUUUACGUUUUGUUCAAUAGUGUGUUCUGAAUUCUAUUCAGUUUGUUUAAUACAUGGGAAAAAGCAGCAACAAGUUAGUUGCUUUUACUAAAGUAAUCCCUCAUUCUAUACUGAAGUUUUCUAUCUUAGAAGUUUUAUAUUUAUUUUAAAAUAUUUACCUUGCUUACCUUGAUGGUACUCUUGUAAGACCAGUUAACUCAUGGUAACUCUGCAUUGGUAACUGAAAGGAUUCAUGUGGACUUUUUGUCUCACAAAUUUCUCACAAUUAAAUCGUCAGAGACAUCUAAUGGAAUGGGAGGUUUUGUAUGGUGAGGUCUCAUGAUCGUAACAUGAAAGUCAUUUACUUGUCUUGCUUAGUAUUGUAAACUGUAUGACAAUGAAAGUUUUCAUGUGUCCCUGGCAUUGCUGCAUAAAAGAGCAGUGGCUGGGUUUGUGUUUACUUUGCUUUCUGAUUUUUUUCCUUUUUAGUGGAGAAAAUAUACUUUUUUUUCCUUUAGACUCUUUACAUCUUUUGUCAGUGUAGUAAACUUUUAGAAAACCUUGUUGGAAAUUUUUGCUUGAUCUUGUUGUAUUUUGAUUAUUUUAUCUGUGCUGCUUUGUCUUGGAAUGGUUGUGUGCUCCAAAUGAAAUUUAACUGAAGACUGCAUUUUGGAAUCUCCUAGGGGUAAAUUGUGGCUCAUAGGAUCUUUUGCAACUUUAUAUAUGUAAAUGUACCCUGAAUUAUAUAUAUCUAUCUAUAUAUACACAUAUAUAUGUAACAUGUAUCUGUGUGUAUUGCUUAUUUUACAUACUUAUACACACAACCCCCAGUAGUAGUUCUUUAAAAUCUAUAAUGAAAAGUAUUAAAUUUACAGUAACAUGAAAGAUCCAGGGAUGCAAGAGAGAGCAUUUUGUAAGUCUUGCUCUUCAGAGAGACUACUCAGGUGAAGAAUUAGAAGGAAAAUAAGGACACUAGUAUUUUUAAAGAGUAAAGGUAUUUUCUUUUUAAAUAUCUUUGGUAAUUGAAAAAUAAUUGAAAAAUAGAGGUUAAGAUGUUUAUAGAUACAAUGUUUUCCUACAGUUUCAACUCCAUGCCUUUAUAUUUUUCUGAAAAGCUAAUGGGUAUCCAGACAUGAAUCCCCCAGUUCUCUCUGAUAAGCUGGAGAGAGAACUCUUGUCUGACCAAGCGAGGGGGACAGAAAGGGAGUGAUGGCUCCAUGGACCAGAGAACGGGUGCUAAUAAGGACUUAGAUUUGGCCAAUUGAGCCUGCUCUGUUAGUUCUUAGUUAACUUGAAAAACUUAACACUCGCUUGUCUUGGAUUACAUGAUAGAGGUGUGGUCCAAGUGUGUGAACAGUCUGAGGCCUCACUUGGAUCCUUACCAAGUCUUUCACAGUUUUGUUUUUGAGAGCUGGCAAUUUGUAACAUACAGGUCUGAUCGCUGAUGAAAAUUUGUAAAAAUAAGUUGGAUAUUAAGAUUUUUGUUAAGAUGUCUUUUUGGAAAACAGUUUCUAGAGUCCCUGGAAUUGGCUAUUGGCACACGGGUCUGGCACAUCACGGGAGACUUAGAAGUUUCUUCCCACUCGAUAGCUGCCUUGCUGCCUCAUUAUGGUGCUCCAUCCCUUUCGUGCCGUUAGUUUUUACCUUCCAUCCUUCUCUUUGUCAUCAAGAUUUGUAUUCAAAAGUUAUAUUUUUUGGGGUUAGAUGUCUUGAGUAUUUGGUGUUUGGCAAACCUCUGAAGUGCUAGAUUGAUUUAGUCUAGUUCUAAAUCAAAUUAAUUCUUAAGGCUGGUAUGAACUCCAUCCUCGAUGCCAGUCAAUGCCAAGGCAUGGGUUCCCUAGGCUUUCCAUCCAAUAGGGAACCCUUUUGCCUUUGUAGCCUCCGCAAUGUGCUUUAAAAAAUACAUCACGACUAUGAUUUGUUUUAUUGCCCUGUUAUUCUUGAAAGCUGUCUUUUUUUGUGAGAACUUUUAAAAUCUACUUCAUUAUAUUCCCCAGAAGUAAUGUAAACACCUAACAUUGAAAUUUAUUAAAUUUAAAAAUCAUCUUCAAUCAGUACAGAACAAAUGAUUGGACUAUUUAACAUAUAUUUUUUUAAAUAAACUGAAAGAUAAGGAACACAACACUUUACACACUUUAUAUUUCUCUUUACAUAAUCUGGAACCACACACAGUUCUUUUCUUUUUAAAGCACAAUAUUGAAGCCUUUAAAAGGUAUUUAAGGGUUUGGUCAAGUGAAUAUAAAAUGUGUCUGUAUAAAAAGAAAAUGAAGUAGUCACUGUUAUGUACUGACAUUAGUUACAACCUAGUUUUAAUUCUUAAAACAAUUUUGAUUAGCAAAGCUAAAAAGGAUGUUUCAGUUAAAUGUUUUAAAGAGGUACAGAUUUUUACAAGGACAUAAUAUAAGUUAUUGUUCUGUAGAAAUAUCCUAUUAAAUAUUGUAUGUCCCUCCCUCUGUAUACUUUGUAAAAAAAGUAAAAUACAUAAAAAGAAAAUCAUAUAGGGGAUGUGUGACAUUAUUGUAAUUGUGUACUUGAGAAUAACGUGCAAAAAUAAAAAUCAGAAUAUUUUCCUGUUAACGAAUGUUCAGUCUAUUUGAUACCAGUACUAAGUUAAAGCUUUUUCUUAAGAAAGAAAAUGUACAGUUUUUGUAAACUUAAUAAACAUCAAAAGCAGUGGAUUAUUUUCAUCCCCCUAUUUCUUAAUUCCUUUUAUGCAGCAGUGGAAUGCAAAAUGCUUGAUUGCUUUGAAUUUUGUGACUUGGAUGCAAAUACUGAUAUUUCAGUCCUGUGAAUUUGAAAGUAACGUUGAGAAGUUAAGAGGUGAUUGGUGAGUCCUUUGAUAAGCAUGUCCUUGAAAUUCAUUUUUUUUAUCUUUGUAAAUGAUUUGUUUAUUAGCAUCUCUGAUUCCUAUUUUAAAUUACCCAUCCAUAUAGUGGGUUUUGAAAGCACUUAAGAUUUGUUUUUAUUAUCAAUUCGUAACACAUUUAGUCGGAGGCCCUACCUUUGAGUUACCCAUUUGUACCCAGGUUAGAGGCCUUAAGUAGAUUCAAAUCUUGGAGGAUGGUCACUGUAGUAGUGAAAAUUGCAAGUUGGGUAAAAGUCAGGAAUCCUCAGAGAUGUACAGCACUUUUGAUUUUAGCAAUGAGAUUCUGUAAUCUAGAAACCAGUGUUGAUCUAAGAGAGAUAAGGUGACAAAUAACCAAAACUUGAGGUACAUGUCCAUGAGAAUGUGGUGGAUGUCAAUCAGUCAUGAGUCUGAGAAAACCUGAUCUCACUCAUUCUGCUAAAAUAUGCCGCCCUAUUGUCACCGGAGAUCUAGGUAUUAAUUUCCUGCAAAAUCUUACAUUUGUGUAAGGAAAUGCAAGAUCAGUCAGCAUCUUAAAGAGGAUCUGUGUCAGAAUAAUGCCUGUCAGCAAGGUAGUCUGCCCUCUUAGUCCAGUCCCCAGUGAGCUGGGACAAGGCAUGAGCCCCAUCAGCUUGUUUCAGCAAGCUUCCCUGGUGAUUCUGCUGCAUGUUUAAGUUUAGUGAAUGUGAUCUUAGAGCACUUGAGGAACCAAAAGAUUACUUAGUGUGAUGUUUUGUGUAGUAGUCAAGAAGCUCACCAAAAGCAGCUAGAGAUGGCACAGUGAGAGUAUAUUAGAAUCCAGAGACUUUGGCUUAUUCUUUCAUCCUUCAGUGUGCAUCUGAACAGCCUGUAUCUCCUACUCUUACAUAGCCCCCAAUGUUGCAUUCCUCAAACGUAGGGAGACUUGAUAAGUAAAGAGAAGGACUGAAAAUUGUGUGUUCUUGUGUGUUUUUAAUUGGCCCAGAGUUACUAAAGUAAUUCAUAUUAAAGGACAUUUUGCUGCAUUUUACAACUUUUUAGGAGGUCAAAGUUAAGUUUGCCCUAUGAAUUUUGUUUUUAUCUUUUGUUUCAUGUAUAUAUUGUUUGCCUUUUUCAUAAAAUAAUUCUUGGAUUUGUUAUAUAUUGUUCCUGUUAUUUUUGACAUCUUUGCUAUUGUAAAUAAAUUCCUAUUUUGUUUUAAGUUA